CAUCAUUGAUAAAUCCUCAAUUUUCUUUCAGGAACAUCGUAUUUCAGUGUUAUCUGUCGCGUUUCACAGACUGGUUAGAGACGAAAACAGAGUAUGGCACCGAAAAAUGAGAGUUGCUGCGAUGCGGAAUGCGGAUUUCCGACUCCGUUGGACGCGAUGAAAAACGGUCCCAGGGAAAAGUUGGUUUAUGUUCCGUGCAUCCAACCAUCCAACGACAAACCGGAUUAUUUGGCCACAAUUGACGUGGACCCGAAGAGCGACACCUACUCUAAGAGUUGCUGCGAAGCGGAAUGCGGAUUUCCGACUCCGCUGGACGCGAUGAAAAACGGUCCCAGGGAAAAGUUGGUUUAUGUUCCGUGCAUCCAACCAUCCAACGACAAACCGGAUUAUUUGGCCACAAUUGACGUGGACCCGAAGAGCGACACCUACUCUAAGGUCAUCCACAGGUUGCCCAUGAAGUAUGCGGGAGACGAGGUGCAUCACACGGGCUGGAACGCGUGCUCGUCGUGCUACGGAGUCGCAGGGGCAGCGAGGAAUAAACUCAUUAUGCCUUGUUUGCUCUCGGAUCGCGUCUACAUCGUCGACACUGGCACUGACCCACGCACUCCCACCAUCCACAAGAUUGUCGAACCAGAGGAAUUUGUCGGGAAAACUGGCCGUCGAACCCCGCACACGUCCCAUUGUUUGUCAUCCGGAGAAAUCAUGAUUUCAACUAUGGGUGACGAAAACGGGAAUGGCAAAGGAUCAUUCGUGCUCCUUGAUGGAAAUACUUUCGAAGUCAAA